AUGCAAGAUGAUAUGAUUUUAAUUCCACAAAGAUCAUCUAUGUUAGAUAGAAAGUAUAGUGGUAGGUACACAUUCUAAAAAACUUAAGAUGAAGAUUAACAAAUAUAAAUAUAAGGAAACAGAAAUCGAAUAAAAUAAUAGUUAAGAUGUAAAAUUGAUGUGAUUUUGUUUUUAGGCUAAUUGAAUGCUAUAAUUACAAAACCAAUACAGUAAUUUAAAAUGCAUGAAGAGCAGUUGAUUGAAUUAGGCAAGAAAUUAGAAGUAGAAAUUACAUCAAUUGAUAUUGAUAAUAUUAUACCAAAUACUAGAGAGUUUUUUGAAGAUUAUGAAAUUCAUGAGAUAUUAGGAGAAGGAUGUUUGGGGUUAGUAAAACGAAUAGUGUAAAAAACAACAGGUUUAGACUUUGCUGUAAAGAUUGUUGCUACAUAAGAUGAUGAAAUUAUACGCAAUGUAAAAGAAAAUACUAAUUUAAAGAUGAUUAUAGAGUUUAAAAGAUUAGUUUAGUUAUCACAUGAGAAUAUAGUAAAAGCUUUUAAGAUGUACUUAGAUUUUGAUAGUGGAUUUUAAUCUGAAAGUUAAGCAUUUGUUAUCAUGGAAUUUAUAAAAGGUAAAGAAAUGUUCGAAGUUAUAAAUGAUUCGGGACAUUAUAGUGAAGAUGAUGCAAAAGAGCUGUUUAAAUAGUUGCUUAGUGCUAUUGAAUAUAUGCAUCGUCAUGGAAUUUGUCAUAGAGAUCUUAAACCAAAUAAUAUAUUAUGUCUAUAAGGUAAAUAACAAAAAAUGCUCUAAUGUAGAUAAAAAGCAAAUAAAAGUUACAGAUUUUAAUGUGAGCAAGUUUAGUGAUUCAUAUAAACUAUUUGGAGAUCUAAAAGAUACAGAGAAAAUAGAAAUGUGGACAUAUACUGGCACUAUUGCAUUUUCAGCACCAGAAAUAGUUACAGGAGAAGGAUAUAAGUAACAAAUACUUUAAUGAUAUAUUCAAAGUUAAAUGGUUGAUAUGUGGAGUGCAGGUUGUAUUCUUUAUUCAAUGUUAUCUGGAUAAUUACCAUUUAAUGCAGAUUAGUAAUUAAAUUUAUAUCAUAUCUAGCUUAAAUGAUCUUGUAGAAAAUAUUAAAUUAGCUAAUUAUGAUUUUCCUGAUUAAAUCUUUUCAGAAGUCUCAGCAGAUGCUAAAGAUUUAAUAAAACUAUUAUUAUAGAAGGAUCCUCAAGAUAGACCUCAUCCAGAUUAUGCUCUUGAUCAUUCUUGGUUUAAAAGNACAUUCUAAAAAACUUAAGAUGAAGAUUAACAAAUAUAAAUAUAAGGAAACAGAAAUCGAAUAAAAUAAUAGUUAAGAUGUAAAAUUGAUGUGAUUUUGUUUUUAGGCUAAUUGAAUGCUAUAAUUACAAAACCAAUACAGUAAUUUAAAAUGCAUGAAGAGCAGUUGAUUGAAUUAGGCAAGAAAUUAGAAGUAGAAAUUACAUCAAUUGAUAUUGAUAAUAUUAUACCAAAUACUAGAGAGUUUUUUGAAGAUUAUGAAAUUCAUGAGAUAUUAGGAGAAGGAUGUUUGGGGUUAGUAAAACGAAUAGUGUAAAAAACAACAGGUUUAGACUUUGCUGUAAAGAUUGUUGCUACAUAAGAUGAUGAAAUUAUACGCAAUGUAAAAGAAAAUACUAAUUUAAAGAUGAUUAUAGAGUUUAAAAGAUUAGUUUAGUUAUCACAUGAGAAUAUAGUAAAAGCUUUUAAGAUGUACUUAGAUUUUGAUAGUGGAUUUUAAUCUGAAAGUUAAGCAUUUGUUAUCAUGGAAUUUAUAAAAGGUAAAGAAAUGUUCGAAGUUAUAAAUGAUUCGGGACAUUAUAGUGAAGAUGAUGCAAAAGAGCUGUUUAAAUAGUUGCUUAGUGCUAUUGAAUAUAUGCAUCGUCAUGGAAUUUGUCAUAGAGAUCUUAAACCAAAUAAUAUAUUAUGUCUAUAAGGUAAAUAACAAAAAAUGCUCUAAUGUAGAUAAAAAGCAAAUAAAAGUUACAGAUUUUAAUGUGAGCAAGUUUAGUGAUUCAUAUAAACUAUUUGGAGAUCUAAAAGAUACAGAGAAAAUAGAAAUGUGGACAUAUACUGGCACUAUUGCAUUUUCAGCACCAGAAAUAGUUACAGGAGAAGGAUAUAAGUAACAAAUACUUUAAUGAUAUAUUCAAAGUUAAAUGGUUGAUAUGUGGAGUGCAGGUUGUAUUCUUUAUUCAAUGUUAUCUGGAUAAUUACCAUUUAAUGCAGAUUAGUAAUUAAAUUUAUAUCAUAUCUAGCUUAAAUGAUCUUGUAGAAAAUAUUAAAUUAGCUAAUUAUGAUUUUCCUGAUUAAAUCUUUUCAGAAGUCUCAGCAGAUGCUAAAGAUUUAAUAAAACUAUUAUUAUAGAAGGAUCCUCAAGAUAGACCUCAUCCAGAUUAUGCUCUUGAUCAUUCUUGGUUUAAAAGAAAUGUAAUCAGAAAAACUUUAAGACAUCUAACUAUUAAUAAAAAUAUAUGUCAUCUUUCAUCUAGGAACUCAAACAAACAAAAAUAGAGAACAUUUCUUUUAAAAAAAGACUGUUUUACAGGUUCAAGUGAUGAAGAAGAUAUAAAUGGAUAUUAUGAUGUUAAAAUUAGGUCAAUUAUUAGAAAGAGUUUAUUUUGUUCUAUCAAACAUAUGUAAGACGAAUAAUCUAGUACAUAUCAAUUCAAAGUUUCUAAUGGAUUGCUUCAUAAGUCAUUUAUAACUUAUAUAGAAGAUUUUAAAUAUUAUGAUUAAUAGUGA